AUGAAUGAAUGUUUUGUUAACAUAUACUCCAAAUUGAUCAUAUUUCCUUUGUUUGAUUACACAGGUCAACCUCUACAGACUGCUGAAGAAAGCUGGGAUUCUGUAGACCAAGAAUAUGAUGACUUGGAUUUAGAUGACUAUGACUAUGAACAACAAAGUUAUGAAGAUGAACAGGAGACAGAGGACACUGAGCAAAAAAGUGACCAAAAGGAACCUUCAGUAGUGAACUUUAUCUCACCAACACAUGCUCCUGUGUUCCGAGAUAGAUACCCAUCCCAUAAUAAAAGGAUUUGUAGCACAUGGGGUAACUCUCAUUUCAAAACAUUUGAUGGAGAAAUCUUUCACUUUCCUGGCAAAUGCAACUAUCUAUUGGCUUCCAACUGCAAGAAUAAUUUUGAAGAAUUUAACAUUCAGUUGAGGCGUACUGAAAAGAGAGGCAACACCCUCACAAUCUCCUCUAUCAAAAUAAGACUUGAAGGUGCUGAUAUUGAAUUGGCUGAAAAUAUUGUCACAGUCAAUAAUAUUCCUUUGUAUCAUCCUAGAAUUGAAAACUUGCCAUACAGUUACUCUGGAAUCCAGAUUUCAAAGACUGGUACAUAUGUGAGAAUUGUUUCCAAAAUUGGUAUUGAAAUGAUCUGGAAUGAGGAUGAUUCUAUUAUGCUUGAAUUAAGCCCCAAAUUUGCUAACCAGACUUGUGGUAUUUGUGGUGACUUUAACGGGAUUCCAACUUACAAUGAAUUUAUGAUAAAUGAUGUCAAAAUGACUGAUCUCCAGUAUGGAAACUUUCAUAAAGUAAAUGGGCCAAAAGAACAUUGUGAAGAUAUAACUGAAAUUCCACAGGAUGAGUGCCCUACCCAUCCCCAGAGACACUUGUGUCAAGCAAUCCUGACCAGCCCAGCAUUCCAGUACUGUAACGACUUGGUUAAUGUAUCUAGGUAUAUUGAAAGUUGUGAGCAAGAUCUUUGCAGGUGCACAGGAAAUUCGACAGGGUUCUGCCUUUGCAACAUUUUCACAGAGUAUUCCCGUCAGUGCACCCAUGCAGGAGGAAAGCCAAAGAAUUGGAGAACUGCUAAGCUCUGCCCCUUGAGAUGUGCUUUCAACUUGGAGUUCCGGGAAUGUGGAACCGCUUGCCAGGACACCUGUACAAAUCCUGAACGAUCAUUGGUCUGUGAUGAUCACUGUACAGAUGGAUGUUUCUGUCCUUCAGGAACUGUGUUUGAUGACAUUGGUCGAACUGGUUGUAUACCCAAGGAAAAAUGUUCCUGUACAUUCAAUGGGGAAACAUAUGCAUCAGGAAGUGGAUAUUCUGAGACAUGCAAAACUUGCACAUGUAAUGGAGGAAAAUGGAGUUGUGCUAGUAAGGCCUGCCAUGCAACUUGCGCUCUCGAAGGAGGUUCUCAUAUCACAACCUUUGAUCUUUCUCGAUACAAUUUCCAUGGAGACUGUAGCUACACAUUAGCAAAGUCAAGUAACAGCCAGCUGUUCAGUAUAUUGGCAGAACUUCGUAAAUGUGGAAUUACAGAUACAGAGACAUGUCUGAAAAGUAUUACUCUUAGUCUGAAUGGAGGGAAAGAUAUCAUUUUAGUAAAACACUGUGGCAGUGUAUACACCAACUCAGUCUAUACCAACUUACCUGUCUCAUCAGCUGCAGCCACAAUUUUCAAGCCUACAUCUUUCUUCAUCAUUAUUGAUACCAAAGUUGGAAUUCAAGUCAAGGCACAACUCGUGCCUAAUAUGCAAAUCUAUAUUAGAGCUGACCCAUCCUUGAUGGAUACAACCUAUGGUCUCUGUGGCAAUUUCAAUAACAUUCAAUCAGAUGAUUUCUUAGCUCCUAGUGGAGUCAUUGAAGGUUCUGGGUCAUCCUUUGGCAACUUGUGGAAGAGCCAGGCUGAUUGUCCCAAUGUGAGAAGUAGCUUAGAAGAUCCUUGUGCCCUCAGCAUUGACAAUGAGAAAUUCGCCACACAUUGGUGUUCCAUGUUAUUGGAUGCUGAAGGACCUUUCGCUGGCUGUCACAAAACAGUUGAGCCAUCAGAAUUUCACAAGAACUGUUUGUUUGACUCCUGCAACUGUGCUGAAAGUGAGGAAUGCAUGUGCACAGCGCUCUCGUCUUAUGUUCAUGCCUGCUCUGAAAAAGGGAUUGACUUGAGGGGUUGGAGAAAAAAUGUUUGCAACAUAUACACCACCACCUGCCCUGCUUCCUUCACUUAUAGUUACUUGGUCAGCACUUGUCAGCCAACCUGUCGCUCUCUCAGUGAACCUGACAGCAACUGUGGCAUUGACUUUACCCCCAUUGAUGGAUGCAUCUGUGAGGAUGGGAAGUAUCUUGAUGAAAAUGGCAAAUGUGUUCUUCCAGCUCUUUGUUCCUGUUAUUACAAAGGAACUCCAGUAGGCCCCGAAGAAAUGAUCCAUGACAACGGAGCUGUAUGCACCUGUAGAAAUGGGAUAUUAGAAUGCAUUGGAGAAGUAAAGAAACCUGAAUGCGACUAUCCUAUGGUCUAUUUAGAGUGUUCCAAUGCCACUGAUAAUGCCAAAGGUUCUGAAUGCCAAAAGAGUUGUUCCACUUUUGAUAUGGAAUGUUACAGCACACAAUGUGUUUCUGGCUGUAUGUGCCCUGAGGGGUUGGUGGCAAAUGGUGAAGGAGAUUGUAUUCGUGAAGAGGAUUGCCCAUGUAAACAUAAUGAUGAUGAUUAUGAGCCAGGAGAUACUAUUAGAGUUCAGUGCAACACCUGUACUUGUAAACAUAGAAAAUGGGAAUGUACCUCUAACACAUGCCUGGGUUCUUGUGCCGUAUAUGGUGAUGGCCACUACAUUACCUUUGACAGCAACAAAUACCAUUUUAAUGGCGACUGUGAAUACACUUUGGCUCAGGAUUACUGUUCUGGAGACACGUCUGAUGGUAGUUUCCGAGUCAUCACAGAAAAUAUACCCUGUGGUACAACUGGUACAACUUGCUCCAAAGCAAUCAAGCUUUUCCUUGGGAACUUUGAGUUGAUACUCGGUGAUCAGAAAUUUGAAGUGGUAAAAAGAGAGACUGGCCAAUAUGUACCUUUCAAAGUUCGACAGAUGGGUCUGUAUAUGGUUAUUGAGGCUGUGAAUGGAGUGGUUUUGGUUUGGGACAAGAAAACAUCAAUCUUCAUAAAGUUGCAUCCACAAUUUCAGGGAAAAACCUGUGGUCUGUGUGGUAACUAUGAUGGCAAUGCUGUUAAUGACUUUAGCACCAGGAGUAAAUCUGUGGUUGGUGAUGUAUUUGAAUUUGGGAACAGCUGGAAACUUUCCCCAAGCUGCCCAGAUGCAUUGGCAAUCAGGGAUCCUUGUUCUUCCAACCCAUAUAGAAAAGCCUGGUCCCAGAGGCAAUGCAGUAUCAUCACAAGUGCUACAUUUUUUGGAUGUCAUUCACUGGUGGACCCUGUUAAAUAUUAUGAUUCUUGCGUCAAUGAUGCCUGUGCCUGUGACACUGGAGGAGACUGUGAGUGCUUUUGUACAGCUGUAGCUAGUUAUGCCCAGGCCUGUAGUGAAGCUGGACAGUGUAUCAAUUGGAGAACUCCCACCAUUUGCCCGGUUUUCUGUGACUUCUACAAUCGAGAUAAUGAAUGUGAAUGGCAUUACAAGCCUUGCGGAGCUCCAUGCAUGAAGACCUGUAUGAAUCCUACUGGUGUGUGCUACAAUAAUCUUCCCGGGUUAGCAGGUUGCUAUCCAAAUUGUCCAGUAGACAGACCGUAUUUUGAUGAACAGUCUAUGAGCUGUGUUUCUUCAUGCCUCUGCUAUGAUAAAUAUGGAGAUGAGUACAAACCUGGACAGAAAAUGCCCGGAGAAAAUAAAUGUUCAGUCUGUUACUGUACCAAAAAUGGCAUGGAAUGUACCAAAGAGUCAGCUUGCUGCUAUUACGAUAACAAGGAAUUUUUGCCUGGAGACGUCAUUUACACUACUGGUGAUGACAUUGGGGGUUGUUUGACUGCCAUUUGUAAAGAUAAUUUAACUAUAGAAAGGAUAAGCGGACCUUGUACAACAACUGUGCGUCCAAGUACGUCUUUCCAUUUCACUACUUCACCUUCAACACCAUCUUCAGGAUCAACUGAUUCAUCUACAGUGUCCACAAGCACUGAAUCACCUGGCUCUUCCACUAGAUAUCCAAGUAGUACAACUGCAUCUUCAACAAGCAGCCCAGGUUCUACACAAACUGUUACGCCAACUACUUGUGUUGAAGCUUAUGAUUGUAAAUGGUCUGAAUGGUAUGAUGUAGACAAACCAGAAAUGGGUAAUGGAGAUUAUGAAACCCUUGACAAUAUCAGGGCUAAAGGCUAUGAUAUAUGUAGAAAACCAGCAAAUGUGCAAUGCAGAGCCAAAGAAUUUCCUGAUGAAUCAAUUGAAGAUUUAAAAGAUGAAAUAACAUGCAACAAAAAAGAUGGCCUGAUUUGUCUCAAUAGCAAAAAUUCACCUAUAUGCCAUAAUUUUGAAAUUAGGAUUGAAUGCUGUAAAUACAGGGAGUGUGGAACAACUUCUAAAGAACCAAGUACACCAGGUUCAACCAAAACUUUACCUCCCUCUUCUUCGGAAUACACAACACAAUCUACUUCUGCAACUUCCUCUACUACUGGUGCACCACCAUCAGGGAAGCCUUCCACAUCUCAGACAACAACCUCAUCAUCAACCCAAGUAACAGAUGGUAGCUUAUCAACUCCUAAAUCAACAUCUUCUGAAGGCCAUCCAACAUCACCAAUCCCUCAGACUUCUGAAUUAACAACUUCUCAACAAAUACUACCAACAUCUAUACCACAAACCUCUGCCACUACAUCUUUACCAACCACAGGUUGCAUCAUGAAGAUGGAAUGUCGUUGGACCCCAUGGUAUGAUAACAAUGCUCCUUCUACGAAAAGUGAUGGAGGCGAUGAUGAAAGUAGCAAUGAUGUUAAAUCAGCAGGAAAAACUGUUUGUACAAAUAGAGAAGUUGAAAACAAAAUAGAAUGUGAGGGUAUUGAUGACAACAGUUUGCCAAUUACUAAUAACCAGCAGAAAUUCACUUGUAAUCUAGACAAUGGAUUAAUUUGCAGAAACAGAGACCAGAAAAGCAAAGAAAAAUGUUAUAAUUACAGAAUGAGAAUUGAAUGUUGUGCAGAAUAUUGUGAGCCAACAGAGACACCAUUUCCAGUGACGACUGAAUCAACAACGUCUCAAGGUGUACCAACAUCAUCCACCUCUCAGAUUACAGAAACCACAACUUCUCAAGCUGUACCAUCAUCAUCCAUCCCUCAGACUACAGAACUGACAACUUUGCAAGGUGUAACACCAUCAUCCAUCUCUCAAUCUACAGAAUCAACAUCUUCUCAAGGUGUUCCAACAAAAUCUACACCACAAACCUCUGAUACCACAUCUAUACCAACAUCAGGCUGUGUCAAAAAGAUGGAAUGCCGUUGGACCACUUGGUAUGAUACUAAUGCUCCUUCUCCAAAAAGUGAUGGAGGUGACACAGAAAAUCCUAAUACCAUCAAAUCAACAGGAAUUAAAAUCUGUUCAAACCAAGAAGUUGAAAACAAAAUAGAAUGUGAAGCUAUAAAUAAUAAUGGCUUGCCAAUUUUUGACAAUAAACAAAUUGUAACCUGUAACCUUAAAGAUGGGUUAAGCUGUAAAAACAGAGAUCAACAAAAGAAAGAGAAAUGCUAUAAUUACAGAAUGAGGAUUGAAUGUUGUGCGGAACAUUGUGAACCAACUGGAAGCCCCAUCCCUGGAUCUACAAAAUCUACAACUGAAGGUGAAAUUACAUCAACUAGAUUUUCUCCAUCUACUGAGGUGACAGCAAUUCUUUCAACAACCUCUGUGACAGAAACUUCUACACCAGACUCCAAAACCUCUCCACCAGAAACCAAAACAACUCCAUCUACAGGAACAUCAACUAGUAAAAUUCCUGGCACAGAAUCAUCUGAAACUCCCUCUGAACCUAGUUCUACAACAUCAACUUCAGGAACAACCACAACAACUUCAUCAUCUGAAUCACCACAACCAAGCACUUCAUCUUCAUCUAUUGAAGUGACAGGAGUUCCUUCAACAACCUCUGUUACUGAAACAUCUACACCAGAGUCCAAAACUUCUCCACCCGGGACCAAAACAACUCCAUCCACAGGAACAUCAACUAGUGAAAUCCCUGGUACAGAAUCAUCUCAAACUUCCUCUGAACCUGGUUCUAUAACAUCAACUUCAGGAACAACCACAACAACUUCAUCAUCUGAAUCACCACCAUCAACCCCUAGGGGAACAUCUUCUCCACUUUCUACUUCUUCAACCACAACAAUAGGAAGCACCUCUGCUACUACAACUUCAACCGGUGUUACUGCAUCUGAAUCUCCCAGUACAACAAAAAACUGUGAGCAAUUUAGACGAGCAGAAUGCCACUGGUCAGAUUGGUUUAACGAAGAAGUUCCUUCCGAAGGUGAAGAUGGUGGAGACAUUGAAAACACAGACAAAUUGAAAGCUAAAGGAAUUGAAGUCUGCAAGCAAGAUGAAGUUGAAAACCAAAUUGAGUGUAAGGCUGUACAGUAUCCAGAGUUGGCAUAUGAACAGAUUGGACAGGUAUCUGAAUGCAAUUUAAAACAAGGACUUGUUUGCCAAAACUCUGAACAAACAGGAGAUGUGAAGGAAUGCCAUGACUAUAAAAUAAGAAUUGAGUGUUGUUCUAAAAACUUUGUGAAACAUUGUGGAGAAAUAACUGCAUCUACCACUUCAUCUACUGAAGUGACAGGAGUUCCUUCAACAACCUCUGUUACUGAAACAUCUACACCAGAGUCCAAAACUUCUCCACCCGGGACCAAAACAACUCCAUCCACAGGAACAUCAACUAGUGAAAUCCCUAGUACAGAAUCAUCUCAAACUUCCUCUGAACCUGGUUCUACAACAUCAACUUCAGGAACAACCACAACAACUUCAUCAUCUGAAUCACCACAACCAAGCACUUCAUCUUCAUCUAUUGAAGUGACAGGAGUUCCUUCAACAACCUCUGUUACUGAAACAUCUACACCAGAGUCCAAAACUUCUCCACCUGGGACCAAAACAACUCCAUCCACAGGAACAUCAACUAGUGAAAUCCCUGGUACAGAAUCAUCUCAAACUUCCUCUGAACCUGGUUCUACAACAUCAACUUCAGGAACAACCACAACAACUUCAUCAUCUGAAUCACCACCAUCAACCCCUAGGGGAACAUCUUCUCAACUUUCUACUUCUUCAACCACAACAAUAGGAAGCACCUCUACUACUACAACUUCAACCGGUGUUACUGCAUCUGAAUCUCCCAGUACAACAAAAAACUGUGAGCAAUUUAGACAAGCAGAAUGCCACUGGUCAGAUUGGUUUAACGAAGAAGUUCCUUCCGAAGGUGAAGAUGGUGGAGACAUUGAAAACACAGACAAAUUGAAAGCUAAAGGAAUUGAAGUCUGCAAGCAAGAUGAAGUUGAAAACCAAAUUGAGUGUAAGGCUGUACAAUAUCCAGAGUUGGCAUAUGAACAGAUUGGACAGGUAUCUGAAUGCAAUUUAAAACAAGGACUUGUUUGCCAAAACUCUGAACAAACAGGAGGUGUGAAGGAAUGCCAUGACUAUAAAAUAAGAAUUGAGUGUUGUUCUAAAAACUUUGUGAAACAUUGUGGAGAAAUAACUGUACCUACCAUUUCAUCUUCAUCUACUGAAGUGACAGGAGUUCCUUCAACAACCUCUGUUACUGAAACAUCUACACCAGAGUCCAAAACUUCUCCACCCGGGACCAAAACAACUCCAUCCACAGGAACAUCAACUGGUGAAAUCCCUGGUACAGAAUCAUCUCAAUCUUCCUCUGAACCUGGUUCUACAACAUCAACUUCAGGAACAACCACAACAACUUCAUCAUCUGAAUCACCACCAUCAACCCCUAGGGGAACAUCUUCUCCACUUUCUACUUCUUCAACCACAACAAUAGGAAGCACCUCUACUACUACAACUUCAACCGGUGUUACUGCAUCUGAAUCUCCCAGUACAACAAAAAACUGUGAGCAAUUUAGACAAGCAGAAUGCCACUGGUCAGAUUGGUUUAACGAAGAAGUUCCUUCCAAAGGUGAAGAUGGUGGAGACAUUGAAAACACAGACAAAUUGAAAGCUAAAGGAAUUGAAGUCUGCAAGCAAGAUGAAGUUGAAAACCAAAUUGAGUGUAAGGCUGUACAGUAUCCAGAGUUGGCAUAUGAACAGAUUGGACAGGUAUCUGAAUGCAAUUUAAAACAAGGACUUGUUUGCCAAAACUCUGAACAAACAGGAGAUGUGAAGGAAUGCCAUGACUAUAAAAUAAGAAUUGAGUGUUGUUCUAAAAACUUUGUGAAACAUUGUGGAGAAAUAACUGCAUCUACCACUUCAUCUACUGAAGUGACAGGAGUUCCUUCAACAACCUCUGUUACUGAAACAUCUACACCAGAGUCCAAAACUUCUCCACCGGGGACCAAAACAUCUCCAUCCACAGGAACAUCAACUGGUGAAAUCCCUGGUACAGAAUCAUCUCAAUCUUCCUCUGAACCUGGUUCUACAACAUCAACUUCAGGAACAACCACAACAACUUCAUCAUCUGAAUCACCACCAUCAACCCCUAGGGGAACAUCUUCUCCACUUUCUACUUCUUCAACCACAACAAUAGGAAGCACCUCUACUACUACAACUUCAACCGGUGUUACUGCAUCUGAAUCUCCCAGUACAACAAAAAACUGUGAGCAAUUUAGACAAGCAGAAUGCCACUGGUCAGAUUGGUUUAACGAAGAAGUUCCUUCCAAAGGUGAAGAUGGUGGAGACAUUGAAAACACAGACAAAUUGAAAGCUAAAGGAAUUGAAGUCUGCAAGCAAGAUGAAGUUGAAAACCAAAUUGAGUGUAAGGCUGUACAGUAUCCAGAGUUGGCAUAUGAACAGAUUGGACAGGUAUCUGAAUGCAAUUUAAAACAAGGACUUGUUUGCCAAAACUCUGAACAAACAGGAGAUGUGAAGGAAUGCCAUGACUAUAAAAUAAGAAUUGAGUGUUGUUCUAAAAACUUUGUGAAACAUUGUGGAGAAAUAACUGCAUCUACCACUUCAUCUACUGAAGUGACAGGAGUUCCUUCAACAACCUCUGUUACUGAAACAUCUACACCAGAGUCCAAAACUUCUCCACCGGGGACCAAAACAUCUCCAUCCACAGGAACAUCAACUAGUGAAAUCCCUGGUACAGAAUCAUCUCAAACUUCCUCUGAACCUGGUUCUACAACAUCAACUUCAGGAACAACCACAACAACUUCAUCAUCUGAAUCACCACCAUCAACCCCUAGGGGAACAUCUUCUCCACUUUCUACUUCUUCAACCACAACAAUAGGAAGCACCUCUACUACUACAACUUCAAUCGGUGUUACUGCAUCUGAAUCUCCCAGUACAACAAAAAACUGUGAGCAAUUUAGACAAGCAGAAUGCCACUGGUCAGAUUGGUUUAACGAAGAAGUUCCUUCCGAAGGUGAAGAUGGUGGAGACAUUGAAAACACAGACAAAUUGAAAGCUAAAGGAAUUGAAGUGUGCAAGCAAGAGGAAGUUGAAAACCAAAUUGAGUGUAAGGCUGUACAGUAUCCAGAGUUGGCAUAUGAACAGAUUGGACAGGUAUCUGAAUGCAAUUUAAAACAAGGACUUGUUUGCCAAAACUCUGAACAAACAGGAGAUGUGAAGGAAUGCCAUGACUAUAAAAUAAGAAUUGAGUGUUGUUCUAAAAACUUUGUGAAACAUUGUGGAGUAAUAACUGUACCUACCACUUCAUCUUCAUCUACUGAAGUGACAGGAGUUCCUUCAACAACCUCUGUUACUGAAACAUCUACACCAGAGUCCAAAACUUCUCCACCCGGGACCAAAACAACUCCAUCCACAGGAACAUCAGCUAGUGAAAUCCCUGGUACAGAAUCAUCUCAAACUUCCUCUGAACCUGGUUCUACAACAUCAACUUCAGGAACAACCACAACAACUUCAUCAUCUGAAUCACCACCAUCAACCCCUAGGGGAACAUCUUCUCCACUUUCUACUUCUUCAACCACAACAAUAGGAAGCACCUCUGCUACUACAACUUCAACCGGUGUUACUGCAUCUGAAUCUCCCAGUACAACAAAAAACUGUGAGCAAUUUAGACAAGCAGAAUGCCACUGGUCAGAUUGGUUUAACGAAGAAGUUCCUUCCGAAGGUGAAGAUGGUGGAGACAUUGAAAACACAGACAAAUUGAAAGCUAAAGGAAUUGAAGUCUGCAAGCAAGAUGAAGUUGAAAACCAAAUUGAGUGUAAGGCUGUACAGUAUCCAGAGUUGGCAUAUGAACAGAUUGGACAGGUAUCUGAAUGCAAUUUAAAACAAGGACUUGUUUGCCAAAACUCUGAACAAACAGGAGAUGUGAAGGAAUGCCAUGACUAUAAAAUAAGAAUUGAGUGUUGUUCUAAAAACUUUGUGAAACAUUGUGGAGAAAUAACUGCAUCUACCACUUCAUCUACUGAAGUGACAGGAGUUCCUUCAACAACCUCUGUUACUGAAACAUCUACACCAGAGUCCAAAACUUCUCCACCCGGGACCAAAACAACUCCAUCCACAGGAACAUCAACUAGUGAAAUCCCUGGUACAGAAUCAUCUCAAACUUCCUCUGAACCUGGUUCUACAACAUCAACUUCAGGAACAACCACAACAACUUCAUCAUCUGAAUCACCACCAUCAACCCCUAGGGGAACAUCUUCUCCACUUUCUACUUCUUCAACCACAACAAUAGGAAGCACCUCUGCUACUACAACUUCAACCGGUGUUACUGCAUCUGAAUCUCCCAGUACAACAAAAAACUGUGAGCAAUUUAGACAAGCAGAAUGCCACUGGUCAGAUUGGUUUAACGAAGAAGUUCCUUCCGAAGGUGAAGAUGGUGGAGACAUUGAAAACACAGACAAAUUGAAAGCUAAAGGAAUUGAAGUCUGCAAGCAAGAUGAAGUUGAAAACCAAAUUGAGUGUAAGGCUGUACAGUAUCCAGAGUUGGCAUAUGAACAGAUUGGACAGGUAUCUGAAUGCAAUUUAAAACAAGGACUUGUUUGCCAAAACUCUGAACAAACAGGAGAUGUGAAGGAAUGCCAUGACUAUAAAAUAAGAAUUGAGUGUUGUUCUAAAAACUUUGUGAAACAUUGUGGAGAAAUAACUGCAUCUACCACUUCAUCUACUGAAGUGACAGGAGUUCCUUCAACAACCUCUGUUACUGAAACAUCUACACCAGAGUCCAAAACUUCUCCACCCGGGACCAAAACAACUCCAUCCACAGGAACAUCAACUAGUGAAAUCCCUGGUACAGAAUCAUCUCAAACUUCCUCUGAACCUGGUUCUACAACAUCAACUUCAGGAACAACCACAACUUCUUCAUCAUCUGAAUCACCACCAUCAACCCCUAGGGGAACAUCAUCUCCACUUUCUACUUCUUCAACCACAACAAUAGGAAGCACCUCUACUACUACAACUUCAACCGGUGUUACUGCAUCUGAAUCUCCCAGUACAACAAAAAACUGUGAGCAAUUUAGACAAGCAGAAUGCCACUGGUCAGAUUGGUUUAACGAAGAAGUUCCUUCCAAAGGUGAAGAUGGUGGAGACAUUGAAAACACAGACAAAUUGAAAGCUAAAGGAAUUGAAGUCUGCAAGCAAGAUGAAAUUGAAAACCAAAUUGAGUGUAAGGCUGUACAGUAUCCAGAGUUGGCAUAUGAACAGAUUGGACAGGUAUCUGAAUGCAAUUUAAAACAAGGACUUGUUUGCCAAAACUCUGAACAAACAGGAGAUGUGAAGGAAUGCCAUGACUAUAAAAUAAGAAUUGAGUGUUGUUCUAAAAACUUUGUGAAACAUUGUGGAGAAAUAACUGCAUCUACCACUUCAUCUACUGAAGUGACAGGAGUUCCUUCAACAACCUCUGUUACUGAAACAUCUACACCAGAGUCCAAAACGUCUCCACCUGGGACCAAAACAACUCCAUCCACAGGAACAUCAACUAGUGAAAUCCCUGGUACAGAAUCAUCUCAAACUUCCUCUGAACCUGGUUCUACAACAUCAACUUCAGGAACAACCACAACAACUUCAUCAUCUGAAUCACCACCAUCAACCCCUAGGGGAACAUCUUCUCCACUUUCUACUUCUUCAACCACAACAAUAGGAAGCACCUCUACUACUACAACUUCAACCGGUGUUACUGCAUCUGAAUCUCCCAGUACAACAACAAACUGUGAGCAUUUUAGACAAGCAGAAUGCCACUGGUCAGAUUGGUUUAACGAAGAAGUUGCUUCCAAAGGUGAAGAUGGUGGAGACAUUGAAAACACAGACAAAUUGAAAGCUAAAGGAAUUGAAGUCUGCAAGCAAGAUGAAGUUGAAAACCAAAUUGAGUGUAAGGCUGUACAGUAUCCAGAGUUGGCAUAUGAACAGAUUGGACAGGUAUCUGAAUGCAAUUUAAAACAAGGACUUGUUUGCCAAAACUCUGAACAAACAGGAGAUGUGAAGGAAUGCCAUGACUAUAAAAUAAGAAUUGAGUGUUGUUCUAAAAACUUUGUGAAACAUUGUGGAGAAAUAACUGUACCUACCACUUCAUCUUCAUCUACUGAAGUGACAAGAGUUCCUUCAACAACCUCUGUUACUGAAACAUCUACACCAGAGUCCAAAACUUCUCCACCCGGGACCAAAACAACUCCAUCCACAGGAACAUCAACUAGUGAAAUCCCUGGUACAGAAUCAUCUCAAACUUCCUCUGAACCUGGUUCUACAACAUCAACUUCAGGAACAACCACAACAACUUCAUCAUCUGAAUCACCACCAUCAACCCCUAGGGGAACAUCUUCUCCACUUUCUACUUCUUCAACCACAACAAUAGGAAGCACCUCUACUACCACAACUUCAACCGGUGUUACUGCAUCUGAAUCUCCCAGUACAACAAAAAACUGUGAGCAAUUUAGACAAGCAGAAUGCCACUGGUCAGACUGGUUUAACGAAGAAGUUGCUUCCAAAGGUGAAGAUGGUGGAGACAUUGAAAACACAGACAAAUUGAAAGCUAAAGGAAUUGAAGUCUGCAAGCAAGAUGAAGUUGAAAACCAAAUUGAGUGUAAGGCUGUACAGUAUCCAGAGUUGGCAUAUGAACAGAUUGGACAGGUAUCUAAAUGCAAUGUAAAAGAAGGACUUGUUUGCCAAAAUUCUGAACAAACAGGAGAUGUGAAGGAAUGCCAUGACUAUAAAAUAAGAAUUGAGUGUUGUUCUAAAAACUUUGUGAAACAUUGUGGAGAAAUAACUGUACCUACCACUUCAUCUUCAUCUACUGAAGUGACAGGAGUUCCUUCAACAACCUCUGUUACUGAAACAUCUACACCAGAGUCUAAAACCUCUCCACCCGGGACCAAAACAACUCCAUCCACAGGAACAUCAACUAGCAAAAUCCCUGGUACAGAAUCAUCUGAAACUCCCUCUGAACCUGGUUCUACAACAUCAACUUCAACAACCACAACAUCUUCAUCUUCUGCUACUCCAUCUUCAGAAACAUCUUAUCCUAUUACCACAUCUUCUACUUCAGGCACUUCAUCAACCAGUGUAGUAGUGACUUCUUCGUCUGGAACAACUACUUAUUCCACCUUGUCCUCAUCAGAAACUACAUCUUUAACAUCACCUACUAGCAGCCCCACCAUAUUGUCUACUACUGGUUCAGCAGGAGAGAGUACUAGAUCUCCAACUACAGUUGCUGGGAGUCAUCCAACAUUGACAAGCAGCACAACACCUUGCUUUUGCAAAGUAGAUGAUGAACUUUAUGCACCAGAUGAAAUCAUCUAUAGACAGAAGGACAAAAAUGGUUGUGAAUAUUAUGCAAAGUGUGGUGAAACAUGUGAGAUAGAAAGGCAUACAGGGGAAUGCUCCACAACUAUAUCGACUUCUCCACCUGAACCUGUUCCUACAACCUCAUCCUCCUCUGAAAUGACUGUUACUAGUGGGGGUUCAAAACUGACUUUGCCUACCAAGAGUCCAUCAUCUCCAACUGGUACAGAACAAUCUACCCCUACUGGCUCAUCUCCACCUGAACCUGUUCCUACAACCUCAUCCUCCUCUGUAAUGCCUGUAACUAGUAGGGGUUCAAAACUGACUUUGCCUACCAAGAGUCCAUCAUCUCCAACUGGUACAGAACAAUCUACCCCUACUGGCUCAUCUCCACCUGAACCUGUUCCUACAACCUCAUCCUCCUCUAAAAUGCCUGUAACUAGUGGGGGUUCAACACUGACUUUGCCUACCAAGAGUCCAUCAUCUCCAACUGGUACAGAACAAUCUACCCCUACUGGCUCAUCUCCACCUGAACCUGUUCCUACAACCUCACCCUCCUCUGAAAUGCCUGUAACUAGUGUGGGUUCAAAACUGACUUUGCCUACCGAGAGCCCAUCAUCUCCAGGUGAUACAACACCAUCUGAAUUUUUUCCUUCUACUACAACUUCUACACCAUUAACAUCAGGACAAUGCGGACGAUGUGAAUGCUUAAUGCCAAAAUGUGAAACUGGCUAUAGAGUUGUGUCUUUCAUGAGGCCCGGUGCCUGCUGUGCCGAGAUUAAAUGUGAGCCUGAUUCUGUCUGUGUGGUUGGAAAUGACAUUUAUCAGAGGGGAUCUACCAUUCCACAAGAAGAGAACAAAUGUCAGAAGUGUGAAUGCUCCCAAGAUCCUGAUGAGAAUUCAGAGUUUUAUGCAAUAAAAUGUCAUCCAAUUGUGUGCAAGGAGACAUGUGAAGAGGGCUUCACAUACAUUAAGAAAGAUGGAGAGUGUUGUGGUGAAUGUGUUGCCAAACAGUGCACUAUGAAAGGAGAGGACAACAAAAAAGUGGAAUUCAAGGUUGGAGAAACAUAUCAUCCAGAGGGUAGCACAUGUAGCUACUAUGAAUGCGAUGAAGAAGAUGGCAAACCUAUCUUGACCAAAGUGAAGAUGAUCUGCCAAGAGUUGGACAUCUCUACAUGUGAAGAGGGCACAAUUAAAUAUGAUAAAGAAGGUUGCUGCCAGACAUGUACACGAAAGACAGAAAUUAAAGUAAUAGAGAAACCUACAGUAAUUGAAAACUGCAGUUCCCGUAAGAAUUUGACAGUUUUCAAAGAAGAUGACUGUGAAGCUGAAGUGGAACUCACAUAUUGUGGUGGCCCCUGCAUGGGAUCAUCUACAUAUUCUAUGGAAUCACAGGACAUGGCUCAUAGCUGUUCUUGCUGCACUGAGCUUGAGGUUGGACUGAAGAAUGUUGAACUACUCUGUGCUAAUGGUCAACGCAAGACAUACACUUACAAAGAUGUAUUUAGAUGCGGCUGUUCCGCGGCUGUUUGCACUCCUGAGGAUUAUCCAGAGAACAUAGAGCAGACACAAGCCUCUCAAAGAUCAUAA